CAGAGUCAAGUGUGUGUUUGUACCAACAAAAUCAAUGUGUGUGUUAAUGCGUCUGAGUGCGUGAAUACGCGUUGUGGUCGACAUGGGCACAAUGUGGCGGAGGGCGCUGCUUCGCUGCCUGCUGCUGUUGGCCCUCUUGGCAUUGCUGGUGUUGGUCGCGUGGCUCCCUCAGGGUGACGUGGCAGACUGUGGCUCCACCUUCUUUCCGUGUGUGACGUCGUACUGGAAAAGGCCUCCAGUGGUGGCCAAGGAGGAGUUGGCCCCACCUCUCAUCCACGAGUGCCCUGAUCAAUUGUUUCAGACAUGGCGUCUGCUUCACUUUUUGACAUUGAGUGUUAGCGUUGGCAACGACAUCCUGCUGGAGCCGUACCUGCAGAGCUGGGAUCAGUUAAUCAUUUUCAUGGAGUCCUUGGGACCAGUGGUUAACUUCUUCUCUCAGAAAGUCAGUGAUAAGGUGGCGCUGAUCCGGCAGCUUGCUCGCCAACACCAGGAGCGUGGACCGGAGAGCGGGGCGUACCGCUCGGUGCGCUCUAUGGUGGAGACGGAGCUAAAGGAAGGGGUGGUUCACUUUUCGCGCCACACGGAUUCGGGCUGCAGGACGCUGCUGCGUUUGCAUAGGUCGUUGCUGUGGCUCACCAUGACACUGGACGGACUGACGCACACGCCAGACGCCCUUGGGCGCCUCAAGACACCGGGCGAGCUCAGCAGGGAGGCCUACCAAGCAGCGCUGGCCCCCCAUCACCCGUGGAUGCUGCGACAGGCUGCCGAGUUUGUCUUCCUUGCCCUACCCGACAGGGAGCAUUUCUUGCGGCUGGUGUGCGUGCAGAACCAGCAGGAGGCGGAGCCCGUCCUGCGCAUCAUCAUCCGCGCUUUACAGCUGGUCUACAGCAGAACUCAGCGGAUUCUAGAACAGAACGGAAUGCUGGAGCUGCCAUAAAGGCGUCUAGGUCACAUGACCUACAAACGACAACAGGCACACAGAGCAAAUUGACUCUGAGUCCUCCAGGAUUCGUUUGGUUCACAUGAGUUUGUGUCUGACAAAUACCUUCUUCAAGCUCUCCUGUUGUUCAUUUGCACUCAAUGAAUAGAGCUGAUUAGCCAAUAUAUUACUAUUAUCAUUAUCACAAAUUACGCACCCAUUUAAAAACUUAGGAAGUUCUGUUUUUUAUACUCCAAACAGAUGUCAAACUCAAAUCCCCGGUGCCAGAUUUGGCCCGCCACAUUGUUUUAUGUGGCCCGUGAAAGCCUGGAAAUAAUGUGCGUCAAUAAAGUACUUUAUCUUUCUUACUAAAUGUAAUUUCAAUUGAAUUGCAUUUGAUGCAUACUUAUUAUCUGAUCAUGGAACAAGCAUUAUAUUGGUAGGGUCCCAAAUAUUGACUGGUCGGUUGUGAUCGACGGGUUGGCAACCCCUGCUCUAUACAGUAUACUGUAAUAUAGUGGCGGGCCGUGCGUUGCCCACCUAGGCCUUCAGUAACUUCAAUGAUUACCUCUCAAGAUAUAAUUGAUGUCACCACAUGACCAUUGCUGGAGAAAUACUAUACAGAAACACAUUUACGCACCACUGGGCAAUGUACAAAACAGGUUAUUUUCUGGUGCAUUUAAAAAUCAAUAAACCCACAUCAGCAAUUAAAACAUAUAUUAUGUGGUACUGUCAAUAUGAAAAUUGCAAAAAACAUAUUAAACGUGAAAAAAUAAAGAAAUAAAAUAU